UAUAAAUUUAUUUUUCAGUCACUAUCUGUUGAUAUGCAUUACCUCAGCUCUCAUCCAAUAGGCUUAUACAUGUUUGAGUUGUAGUACAUAGAAGAGUUAAUGAUAUGAAUAUCAGAACAUUGUUAGUGACUUUGAUUGUGUCAGUAAUUACGGUAUCUGGGGAUGAAACAGAUACCAAGAAAGUGUGGUGUGUGGAUGAUACUGUGAUGCAAAACACUGAUCUUGUCAAAGGCAUUGAUAGAGAUGAUUUGUGCAAAUCAAGUAUAAUAAAUGCCACACCAUGGUCAGAUGAGGAGGAUAAAACACCAGCUAAACCAGAAAAUCUCCAACUUCAAGCCCGCACUUAUAAAACUGAUGAUGAAAACUCAUCAAGGCAAAUAGCUGUGUUUAUAUCAUGGAGACAGAAAAUGGGUGACCUGCCUUCCUCACAAAGUUACUAUGUUGAAUUGAAUUUUAUCAAUCCUCCUGGUCAACACAAGCAAUAUACAAUGACAUGGGAUAAUGCUCUGUUGAGGGAACUGGAGAAUAGUACAGCACAUUAUGUUGAAUUCAAUUUUAUCUACUGCAGCAGAAUUGAAGGAAGCUACCAUAUUGGGCCCGGUGAUAAAUACCGGUUCAAGAUACAAGGUUUACCCAUGUAUCAAGAAGACUCAGAUCCCCAACUUGUCGCUGGGAAUAUAGCAAUACCAGGUUGUAGAAAAAGCAAGGAAAUUCGAAGAUCUGCAGCUUGCCGCAGUCAUACAAGAAGAAAGAAACGUCCAAAACCUAUAAAGCCUAUCAAUGAACCAGCUGAAACUAUCGAUAAAGAAGAACAACCGUCUACUGAAUCUGCAAAGAAUAUGAAUGAAGCACAAAAUCGCUCAGGAGAUGAUCCAGAAAUAGCUGGUUUUACCUCAACAAAUAUUGUUUUCAUUAUUGUUGGAGCGGUUAUCAUCGGCGUAUUGAUUAUGGGAUUAUUAUUCUGUUUAUGUCGUAAGAGGUUGCAUGGAUAUAUUCUUCCGAAGAAAAGCGUCGCAAAACGACGUGUUCUAAUAAUCAGCAGUUUAGAAGAAAAAUAUUCGCAAGCUAUUAACAUGCUUUUAAAGAUUUUUGACAAGAUUGAAAGCAUCAAACUAACAUGUAAUCUACGACAGAAAAUUGACAUAGGAGAGCAUGGAAUUGUAAAAUGGGUGACAAAAAAUGUUACUGAUGCUGAUAUUGUAGUUUUUGUCAUAGGCAAUAAAAGUGAAGUUGCAAAGGAUCACUGUUCUGAAAACUCCCCAUUAGAAGUAGAAGAAAUUGAGAAACAUCAAGUUGGGCAAUCACUCAAUACAGCAGAAACCAUCAUCAAUUCGAAUAAGUGCGUAAAUUCGCACAAAAAAUUUAUAGUACUCGACCUACAUCAUCAUGUUAAGAGGGAAGAUUUGCCGAUUUUCAAGCACUAUAGAUUGCUAUCGGAUUUCAAAAAAUUCACCCAUCAUGUUAUUGGAGCAUCACAUAUCAUGAGCACUAGUGAUAAGAAGAUUUUCAGUAAUCUACUCUCAAAUGCACAGCUGGGAUAUGGAACAAAAAUUACAACCCCGGAAAUAGAUGAAGAUGACGUUAUUGAUCCAAAAAAUGCUCCCAUUUCUGGCCAAAAUAAUUUUGAUUCUCUACCAUUCCCACCUGCAAAUAUUGAAGAAGGACAAUCCCUGGCAUUGAAUAUUGAUGAUACUUCAGCAUAUGUUGAUGGACCUCCAUCGUGUGAAAGUAAUCAGUCUCACGAGUAUGUAACAACUGAUUAUAACAAUCCAGGACAAUCUUACAGAUACCUCAAGGCAGGCGCUAGACCAAAAACAAAAUGCUGACAUUGAUAAUAAUACAACCAAGUCUAUAUAAAAUGUUGGGCACUAGAAUCUGACAAGGGCAUCCUUAUAUUUAAAUGAGCUAGGAAUGGAGUUGGAUCUGAACGCUGGCAAAAUGUCUCGCAUAUCAUACCAUUAUGCAACAAACACACUUGAAAGCCAUUGAUUUUUAAAAUCAUUUAUUCAGCUUCCUAUUAUUUGUUCUUCCUAUUGCCUGAUACUGAACAUUCGGUUACUUUACUUAUUACUUGGUUUAUAAUAUUUUCAUGUGAUUCUAUGUACACUCUGCCACACGAAUAAUAGCUGAUGCAGUUUUUAUUUGUCUUUCUAUGUAUAUUACCCUUAUCAAAAUAAACACCAUAUUGUUUUUUUUUAUUAUGCUAAAGUGUGCAGAAUAUUUUCGUUAAUGUCCAUAGACAGCAUCUUAUUUUUGGGACAUUUAAAACUACUGCUCACAUUAAAAACUUUUGUGCAAUUUUUUCUAUGAUAUAGAUCAGCUAAAUGAAUAAAGAGAUCCUAAAACCGCAUUUGUCUUGCGAGGCUGCGAGCGCGGAAAGUUUUUAUUAAUAGGCACAAAUUUUAUUUCACUGGGAAUGACCAUUACUAUAGACCAGUGGUUCUCAAACUUUAAGCCGCGCCCCCUUUUUAACAGAUAGGAAGGAAAAAGUAUGUUUUAUUCAAAAAGUACGUGGAUGGAACGUAAAUAAUGAAAAAAAUUUGUAAUUAUCCCAAAUAAGGCGGGCAAAAUCAAAUCUGAAAAAUAUUUUUAUUUUCAAUAGCUUCACACCCCCUAAAGAAAUUGUGUUUGAGAACCACUGCCAUAUAACAUCUGAGGUUUUUAAUAUACGAAUUUAACUCUGAAAAAAAAGGUGAUUUUUAUUCAAAAGUUUGCAGUUAUACUCUGAUCAAUGUUAUUUGCUAUUCUUUUCUCCAGAAUUGAAGUUAUAAAAAAUUUAUGUUUUUUCUUAUUAUUGUAUUCAUAUUCAGAAAAACUAGUUUGUGAUUGUGAUUAACUGAACUAUAGUACCUAUUGUGAAAUGUUUGUUCCGUUUUGAGGUGUUAUUUUGUUGUAUUUGUGAGCCAAAAGUUUCAGAAACCUGAUAAUGAUUUUUUUGUGUUUAUAUAGA